AAUGCCUCUAGCUUAUGUACAAGUAGAAUUUGAGUCGAGCAAUAAGAGCCUCAUCAUCAUUAAUCCAUACCAAGGCGCCUACCAAGGUGCCUACCCACGAUAACUCGAGAUUCAGGACUACAUAUUUCAUUCCAAUUACUAUAUACUCGAGUAUUACAUAAUGUCCACCUACGAACGUGCGCUUCGAUGUUGAAGGGCUAAGACCUCUUCUUGGAAUCAAUUACCUACAAUUACCGGCAUAAUGCAACCACCACCCAUUCUAAUCCGCCGCCUCCUCACCCUCCGUGCCUCCAAAUUUCCUCCCACAUCUCGCCGAUUUACGAGACAUACGAACCUCGCGUCCCGAGGGCGACCUCAAAUUCCAUUCCUAUCCGUGCCACUAGCUAGGAAUCAUCAAUUCCGAUACCUCACCACCGAGCGAAAACGAUGGUUGGCCUAUGAGGUUUAUCUCGGAUUCAAGUAUACUGUAUAUAUCUGGGCCAUUGCUGGCUUCUCUAUCGCCGCCUACUGGAGUAUACAGCAGGAGUGGCUUGAAAGGAAAUACCCGACGCCGCACGAAUGGAGCUUCAUAACCCGGCUGCGAUCCAGACUCGCGAAAUGGGCCCCCGACCGAACCGAUUCGCCGGAAAUCGACUGGGUCCUUACUGGCAACUAUGCUAAAAAUGUAAUUGAAAGGUUAGAAGAUGAGAAAGUCGAAGGCGCCGGGAUUGCGCAGAAUCAAACCGAAGAGGGAGGAUAUGAUAUAACAUCAAAAAGCGAGCCAUGGAGGAGGGGCUAUUACGAGGCCUUGAUGCUGUGUGCCAAAGCAGCCGAGCAUCUUGAUGACCAGAUCGUGGAUAAGACGCGGCACUUGGUGUUCCCGGCCAACCAGGUUAUAGGACCAUCAAACCCGAACCCGAAGCCCAUCUCCCCCGGCUCACCAAGUGCCCCCCGCGAAGAGGACUGUGAGCGUGCCUUCGAAGCGCCCGAAACUUUCUACAAGAAAAUACUGGCAACCAAAGGUCUCACAUCCAAGCAGAAGUUGGAUGCGGCGCUAGAGUACGCCUCGUGGUUGGACUUCAAGGGCCUCCCCGACGCCGCCGAGCUCACAUACGAACGGGCACUGGCACUAGCCACAGAAGGUUCCCCCCCUCCAUACGACACGAAGUCAUACGUCCUACAGGACCUCUCGCGCCAACCCUCCGCCAAUCUCCUCACCACCCUCACCGCUCUCGCCACACACAAGGCGCGCACAGGCGACGUCGCCACAGCCCUCCCAAUCCUAAUCUCCGUCCUCCGCGCACGCAGAUCCCUCCCAUAUCCGCAGCCCCAAAAGAAACCCACAUACAUCGACCCCGACGAAUCCCAGUCCUCCUCCCCCUGGACCCUGCACAACAUCGCCGGCGCAGCCACCCGCCUCCUCUCACCCCCCGCAUACCCGCCGCCCCCGGAUGACGGCACAUCCCCCCCGGUCCGGGACGCGAAGGAGCUAUGCGAGGAAGCUGGUCUGAACCUAUAUAUCGGCGAGAUCAUCUACGCCUCGUCCUCCGGUACCACCAAGGGCCGCGAGGACGGCCUGGCCUGGACACGCGAAGCCGUCGACCUAGCAGAGGAGCAGCUGCAUAAACUAAACACUAGCGGGGACACCCGCGGCGACGCUAAGAAGACGUGCAAGGAAUGCCUGCUCGCCGGCCUCGAUAACUGGCAGGCCAUGGUGGCGCGGCUCGCGCGCGAGGAGCGCGAGAGGGAGGCUUUGCUGAAGAAAGGGGAGCCGGCGAAGGCGAGUAGUAGCCGCUGGUUAGCAAGCCUAUGGGCAGACGGCAAGGCCGAGGCCGAGGCCGCGGCUGGAGGACGAUGGACUGCGGAGGAGAAUGUAGUCAAGGAGAGGAUGAGGAGAGCACAGGAUGUGCUGGAGGAGUCGGAAGCUCCUCAGGUCGGGUUUGCUGCUUUGUUCCAGGCGUGAUGUGAUCUGAUAUAUGCGUACGUUGUUACAAUAUGUAGGGAAUAAAUAGUAAAAAGGACUCUUGGGGGCGUUUGUCUAGGCCAACGUUGUGUUGUAUAUGCUGUAAUAAGAACAUAUAAUACGCUUUCUGUCUCGCCUCGCCUGUCGUAUUCAAUUGAUUAGGUUACUUACACGGCUUCCCGUAGUAUAUAGGAGGUACUCGGCACAAAUAGUCUGUAUGUAUUUUCAAUAAUGGGAUGAAGAAUUUAGCAUACUGCAUAUAUACCUAGGUAGGCAGCUUUGAUUGUGCUUUUACUUUUAACAUAAUAGAC